AUGACCGUCCGCAACUGUUAUCGCCUCUGGCCAAGAGGCGCCAAGGACAACAAGCCGGGGUUUCAUGCGCCGUGUCUCCCUGCUUUCCACACAACGCCGCCUCCGCCUCCACCCGCUGCCACUGCAGUGCCCUCCCCCUACUUCUCACAUGCAGUCUCUCUCUGCUUCCCGCCAAACGGCCGCUACUACAACGCCGUCUCCUCCCUUGCACCCUUGCACCCACCCCACCCGCCGCACCACCGCACCACAGCCCCGCCUUCAUCGACCGCUUCGACCCUGCCCUGGAUUACUUCACCCCCAGCGUCGAAUACAAGAGGGCUACAACCUCCCGGUGCCGAGCCAACAUCAACCAGCACCUCCUUACCGUACCCCACUGCCCACCGCUCCCCCGUCAAGUACCCGUCCUGCGGCACCCGCAGCACCCUCGCUCCCAUCGGCAUACCAGACCACGGAGACGGCUUCGCUGUAUAUCUUCGCUGGAUGCGUCAGCGACACUAUCGAAGGCACGGCGUGAUGCACCAAGCGGCCCCAUCGUCUGCUGUGUGCACGCGCAGCUCUGACGAUGCGCUUGACCUGCACCUCGGCGGGGACCCUGCGAACCCUCUACCGAACCUGCAGUCCGAUGCGCAGACGCUUAAUACCGAUUUGCUGGGAAUGGGCUCGGGACUUGACGGCGUUGACGCAUCGGAGCUUGGGUACCCCAGUGAGAUUGACUUCAUUGGGUGA